UAUCGCUCCGUGAUUUAUUUUAUUCGACAGGUACCGCAGAAGUCUCGACCAAAUUCGAGCUUAAGAUUCACUCGUUCGAUCUCCGUCUCAAGUACUUUUCAGGAACCAUGAAUUCCUCGCGUUCGAAUCUGCUUUUGUUUCCGUUCUUGUUGUUAAUUGCGUUCAGGCUCAGGCGGGUUCAGGGUUCAGCAGAGACGUUGAUAGAAGAGGCAAUGGAAGAGUUGAAUGUUUGGCUAAACUCUGACGCAUCCGAGAAGUACAGGCAUCUGUUAUCAGUCGAAUGCCCUCCGCCGUAUUUUCGAGUCAUGUCGGAGUGUUUUUACGUGCACACAAACCACCAUCUCUCCUGGACCCAAGCAAGGACCUUUUGCCAGGGAAUGGCAGGAGACUUGGCCCAGCCACGUCACCUCAACGCCCUCCUCGCCGUAGUGGCUGAGAAGUACAAGUCGGGUCCGUCCCACCUGUGGCUCGGAGCAUCAGAUCUCGAGACCGAAGGAACCUUUCGCUGGCUGUCAGGAGACCUCGUGACAUCCGGCUGGCGAGAGAACCAACCUGACGACGCCGAAGGAGACGAGGACUGCCUUGAGAUGUGGACCGCGAAGUUUCCGAGUCUGAGUGAUAAGCAGUGUCAUUUGAAUAGUGCCUUCAUCUGCCAGUGCAUUGGAAUACAUCAACACCGACCUUGAAGUAAGAUAUUGUCUUUGUUCUGUAGAGAGUACCUCGCUAUAGAGAACACGUAAUAUCUUACCGACGCGAAGUAGACGAAACCAGUUAUGGGUGGUUUUAAGAACGCAUUCGCAGCUGACCACGAGGUUUGGAAUCGAUACUGAGCGACCGUCUCCUUUUCCAGUCAUCUAUAGAUAUUCUAGUAUCUUAUUUUGUAUCUUAUUUUCUCCUACAUUUUUGAUAGAAUAAAAGUAUAGUGAUGUAACUCUUGUGAUUGUCAGUUUUGUUUUGUGUUUUACCUUGAAAUAACAUGAAUUUUAUCUGGAGUCAAAACGUUGAAAAAAAGUGAGAUUUUAAGUAAUGAAAGAGAAAAAAGCUAUGCGUCAGUGCAUCAACAAAUAUUUUUUACUGAUAUCCCUACAUCCCUGAAAUAUGUAUUCAAGCAUUUUAUUACAGAUAUAAAAAAACGAAAGAUGCUACUUUUCGGGAUAAUGUGUGCUAUUUCAGUUAUUUUUUCGCAUUGUAAAGUUACAAUUUGGCUAUCGCGGCAAAUUGUUACUACUAUACUAGAGCCUAAUUUGAUAUGCUAUCUCUGUUGAUUUGAACUCUAGGUCAGCGGUUCCUAAGCUAGGACUUAUGGUCACCAAGCAAUAUGGAGCAAUGUAAAAAUUACGACUUCGAACUAAACCGGAUUUCGUCUCACCUGCAGUACCUAUAAAUAUCUCACAUAUCAAUAAAUUGGAAUCUUU